AACUUCACAACCGAUUUUCCACAGAGGGUUUUUUUGUAAAUGUGGUAAUAGGAGGAUGUGGAACCUACUUCAAGUCUGUGAGAAACAAAGGUGAGACAUUAAACAUCGGAGAUCUCUCAGAGCUCAGACUUCACACCAGACCACACAGAGGUUAAGAAGAAUCAAGGAUGACGGAUAUAGAGAGCCAAAAACCUGUGCCUGAGAAUGACCCAAGCCAUGCAGAGACAGCACCAAUGUAUGACCCACCUCCAUACAUGCCUCCUCCUUAUCCUACGGGGCCUGAUGUGUACCCUCAACCCAUUCCUGUGGCAGUCAGCUUCAUCCCACCCAAUCUGCCGCCAGAAGAGAUCGACAUGAGCAAAACAGAAGAACCGAAUCCAGACCCAGCAGCUGUAUUUCCAGCCGAGGAAAGUCAGGUGUUUGUGUCAUCAUUUGAGGAUAGGACUGUCCGGAAAGCUUUUAUCAGAAAGGUGUUCAGUGUGGUAACAAUUCAGUUACUAGUCACGUUCACUGUCGUCUGUGUGUUCACCUUCUCAAACACAGUCAAGGCAGCGGUUCAGCGUAACAUCUGGAUGUACCUCAGUUCUUACAUUAUCUUUGUAGUAGUGGGCACAUGUCUUUCUGUGUUUUCCAAAUUCAGUCGCACACAUCCCUGGAACCUGCUGGGACUGUCAGUGGUUACGCUGAGUCUGUCCUACAUGGUGGGAACUGUAGCCUCAUAUCACAACACAACUGCUGUGAUCAUCGCUUUAGGAUCAACUCUGGUCAUCUCAUUCAGCAUCAUCAUUUUCUCUGCCCAGACUCGCUUGGACUUCACAGUUUGUAAUGGUAUUCUGCUCAUACUGUCCAUCGAUUUACUCAUGUUUGGAUUCUUCAGCAUCUUCUUCUACUCCAAUGUCCUGCAAAUUCUCUAUGGAUGUCUGGGAGCUCUUCUUUAUGCACUGUUUCUGGCAGUGGACUGUCAGCUGGUGAUGGGGAGACAGAAAUACAGCCUUGAUCCUGAAGAGUAUGUCUAUGGUGCCUUAAUUAUCUACCUCGAUAUCAUUAUGAUAUUCCUCUACAUACUUAUGAUUUUGAGUGGAAGCUCCAAAAAUUAAAUUCACACAUGCAUAACUUGUGGCACUCGAAAUCUGCACAUGCCAGCUGGUGUUUAACCUUCUGACCUCUAAUAUUCUUACAUCACUGCUGUGUUCUCUCUACUGGUUUCACUGACCGCAGUACUUUUAUCUUCUUGUUUGUUAAGAUGCACUUUUGAGAUGCACAGAUCAUUUUUAGCAGAUAAACAUAUUUGUAAAUUAAAAUCUUACAAACUGCUGAUCACAAGAACCUUUUGUAAGUCUUAAAAAUUAUGCCUAAUGUAAAUGCGUUCAAUGUUAUUAAUGUGCUAAACACCCCAACACGUUUGUCCCUGUAAUGUGACUGCUUAAAUCAAUAAAUUGUUCAU